AAACAUUUGAGAAGACAAACUAAAAUAUAAGGUUGCUUCUUUUAUCUUAAGAUUUCAAGAGAGACAUGGCUAAGUCUUCCGCAAUAUACUUCAUGUUAGCCCUUCUGUUCUUUGCCUUCUCGGGUGGAGCAAAGAUGACGGUGGAAGCUAAACACUGCUCAGCUCUAUGGGACUGUAGUGGCGGCGACGAUCAAUGUUGGAACGAAUGCAAGAGUCGUUACGGUGGACAAGGAUUGUGUGACCUCGGCACUGCUCCUGGUGUUCCUCGACAAUGCUUUUGUGCUUAUGAAUGUUGAGAGGGGAAAAAUGAUUUAGAUUAUAAGCCGUAGUAAUAAGCAAUGUAAUAACUAAUUACUUAUAUGUUGACCAUAUAUGUAAUACAAAUAAGAAGGAAAGAAGCUGGAAUUUUCGGGAAAUUCUCUAAUCGUUCUCUCCAGGUACACCAACAAAUCCUUAAUUGUCAUCCA